AUGAAUUUUCAACUCCAGAUUCCAGUUUUGAGUCUGGUUAACAAAAUCUUCUUCUCGAAGAAUGCCAUUCGGAUUCUACUAUCACUCUUGGUGUUCCCUUUCCUGAUUUCACUGUCGCUGCUACUUCAUUUAUUUCUUUCCACAUUUUCAAGCAAACUCUUUAGCUUCUCCACUGAGAGAAACUACGUUUUCCUCCUCUGUAAUGGGGUGAUCCUUGUAAUCAUCAAAACCUCUGGCUUGUCUGCUCCUGGUAUGGAAAGAUCUGGAAACAAGAAUGACAAGAAAAAUACUCAUGAUGAAGCAUUUCGAAACAAAGAUAACGAGAACAACAUUCCUGAAGAAGCAUGUAGAAACAAGGAUGACGAUGAAAACGUUGAGAAGUAUUGCAACAAAUCACUUACAUCUAACAUAGCGUUGUUAGUAGAAACUGAGACUGAGAUUACAAAAACUAUUGAAAAAUAUAAUGAUAUGACAGGAGUGGAAAGUGACCACAAUGUGACUUUGACGGCACACUAUGGAGUCAAAAGUGAAGGUGACGAGCUCCGUAAGACGGUAAAGGAAUUAGAAGAGCAGCAGAUAUUUAAUAUCAGAGAAUGCGAAGAAGAAAAUGAAGGGUUGCUGAGCGUAGAGGAAUUAAACAAGAAAUGUGAGGAUUUUAUAAGGAAGAUGAAACAUGACAUCACAUUUGAGGAUCGGCAACUUAUAAUGGUUUAG